AUGGCAUUCUCUCCAUGGAAGCUUUCCUCUCAGAAACUCGGCUUUUUCUUGGUGACUUUUGGUUUCAUUUGGGGAAUGAUGCUUCUGCAUUUCACUAUUCAGCAGCAAACACAACAUGAAAGCAGUACAGUCCUGCGUGAGCAAAUUUUGGAUCUCAGCAAAAGAUACAUCAAAGCAUUAGCCGAAGAAAAUAAAAAUGUGGUUGAUGGGCCUUAUGUUGGGACAGUGACAGCAUAUGAUUUGAAGAAGACACUUGCUGUCUUGUUGGAUAAUAUCUUGCAGCGCAUUGGGAAGCUAGAGUCCAAGGUGGAAAAUCUUGUACUUAAUGGAACAGGAGCAAACUCUACCAACAAUACUACCACUCCUGCUCCCAGCUUAGGGGCAGUCGAAAAGCUUAAUGUAGCAGAUCUCAUAAAUGGAGCCCAAGAACAGUGUGAAUUGCCUCCUAUGGAUGGUUUUCCUCACUGUGAAGGGAAAAUAAAGUGGAUGAAAGAUAUGUGGCGAUCGGAUCCCUGUUAUGCAAGUUAUGGUGUAGAUGGGUCCACGUGCUCCUUUUUUAUUUACCUCAGUGAGGUUGAAAAUUGGUGUCCUCGUUUACCUUGGAGAGCAAAAAAUCCUAAUGAAGAAACCGAUCAAAAAACAGUGGCUGAAAUUCGUAUCAACUUCGAUAAUCUCUACAAAAUGAUGUCGAGACAUGAGGAAUUCAGGUGGAUGAUGUUACGCAUCAGACGAAUGGCCGAUACCUGGAUUGAAGCAAUUAAAUCACUUGCAGAGAAACAAAAUUUGGAGAAGAGAAAACGAAAAAAGAUUCUUGUUCAUCUGGGGCUUUUGACAAAAGAAUCUGGAUUCAAGAUUGCAGAAAAUGCGUUUAGCGGUGGCCCACUUGGUGAAUUAGUCCAGUGGAGUGAUUUAAUUACAUCUCUCUACUUACUGGGCCAUGACAUCAGGAUUUCAGCUUCACUGGCAGAGCUCAAGGAGAUUAUGAAGAAGGUUGUGGGUAACAGAUCUGGCUGCCCUACCCAGGGGGAUAAAGUUGUAGAACUCAUUUACAUUGAUAUUGUGGGACUCACUCAGUUUAAGAAAACCCUUGGUCCAUCGUGGGUACAUUACCAGUGUAUGCUAAGAGUUCUGGAUUCCUUUGGUACUGAACCAGAGUUUAACCAUGCCCAUUAUGCCCAGUCUAAAGGCCACAAGACACCAUGGGGCAAGUGGAACCUUAAUCCACAGCAGUUUUAUACAAUGUUCCCUCACACUCCGGAUAACAGCUUCCUUGGAUUUGUGGUAGAGCAGCAUCUGAAUUCCAGUGACAUUAAACACAUUAAUGACAUCAAAAGGCAGAAUCAAUCUCUCGUUUAUGGCAAAGUAGAUAAUUUCUGGAAGGAUAAGAAGGCUUAUCUGGACAUCAUCCACACCUAUAUGGAAGUCCAUGGAACUGUUCACGGGACGAGCACUAUUUAUAUUCCCGGCUACGUGAAAAACCAUGGUAUACUCAGUGGGCGGGAUUUGCAGUUUCUACUGAGGGAAACCAAACUGUUCGUUGGUCUCGGAUUUCCAUAUGAAGGGCCGGCUCCUUUAGAGGCCAUUGCUAAUGGAUGUGCUUUUCUAAAUUUAAGAUUUAACCCACCAAAAAGUAGCAAAAACACAGAAUUUUUCAAAGGCAAACCUACACUCCGAGAGUUGACAUCUCAGCAUCCCUAUGCUGAAGUUUACAUUGGGAAGCCCCAUGUCUGGACUGUAGACAUCAAUGAUCUUUCUGAAGUUGAGAAGGCUGUGAAAUCAAUUUUGAAUCAAAAGAUUGACCCUUAUUUGCCCUACGAAUUUACAUGUGAGGGAAUGCUUCAGAGGAUGAAUGCAUUUAUUGAAAGACAGGAUUUCUGUCACGGGCAGGUGAUGUGGCCCCCGUUAAGUGCCCUUCAAGUAAAAAUUGCUGAACCUGGGAAAUCCUGUAAACAAGUUUGUCAGGAAAGCCAGCUCAUCUGUGAGCCUUCCUUCUUCCAGCAUCUUAACAAGGACAAAGCUCUGCUUCGGUAUAAUAUCGAAUGUCUCACCAUGGAGUCUGCAAAUGAUAUUCUGGUCCCCUCUUUUGAUGGAAGAAGGAAGCACUGUGUUUUCCAAGGUGACCUCCUGUUGUUCAGCUGUGCCGGCUCCCACCCAACCCACAGAAGAAUCUGCCCCUGCAGAGACUAUAUUAAGGGGCAGGUCGCGCUUUGUAAAGACUGCCUAUAG